AUGAAAGAACAAUACGCAGAACCAAAUGACACAAAAAAGACAAGAAUAGAAAACAGAAGAGUCUCAAAGGAAGCACUAGAAUUAAAGACAAUCCAACAACAUAAACAACAAAAUGGAAUAGAUAAAUCAAUCGAACUAAAAGACAUCUUAGUCCUAUGCACAGCAGAGAAAAUAAACAUCAUAAAAUUAUUUGGCUUCUUAAAGGAAAGAUCAGCCUACACAGAUAUCCACAUAUACUUCAGAGAGUGCAUACAUAUACUCCUUAAUCAGCCCACAGGAAAAGGUGAUAUAUUCAUAUUCAGAUACGGCGUAGUAGUAUUCUGGGGAAUACAAGAAGAAGCCAGAGAUAAACUACUAGCACACCAGCAAUUCUUUGAAGAAAUGAGUUACAACAAGGAAUUAGUGGAAAGAGAAGACUUCAGAUAUGGAAUAGUAUUAGAAGGCGCAUCAAUCAUUAAUGAUGUAAUAUAUCUGGAUAAUGAGUCAGUAUAUAAUAAGAUGAUUAUUUCUAAUGCCCUAGCACAAAGCACUAAAUUGGACGUAUUUGAGAGACAUGCUGAAAGAACAAUAGAAAGCAUAAGGGGUCUACCUGAUGAGAUAGUAGCAAAGGGGUUUACAACCAGAAAGAGAGAAGAAGUGAUAAAAUUAAUUGGUGUCUUGCAUAAAUUGAAAUUUAAUUUGAAUUUAUCAACGAACAUAUUGGAUACACCUGAGAUAUUAUGGUACUAUCCUAAUUAUACUUCGUUAUAUGAGAGUUUUAAAUUAUAUUUGGAAUUGAAGAGUAGAACUGAAAUAGUUAAUCAGAAGUGUGAUGUAAUACACGAGAUACUUACAUUAUUAUCUACACACAUAAAUACGGUUAGUGGGGAAAGAUUGGAGAAAAUAAUAAUUAUUUUGAUUACGUUAGAGAUUGGGAUAGGAUUAGUGUCAAUGUAUUUUAACUGGAAGUGA